CUUUAAGUCUUUUUUUACUUUCAUCCAACUUCGAACUUCAAACAUUGGCCACUGUCGGAAGCAUUCUUCUCUCAAGUUACGGGAGAUAAGAUUUUGUUGAAAGUAUGGUGACCCUCGAAGAGGUGGCCGGUCUCCUAAAAAAGCCCUCAGACAUAGAGAAAACGCAAGUAUCAAGAGCGCCAUCGAGCUAUAAGCCGCUCGAUUCUUUCUUCCUGAAGAAAGAUAGAUCAUACAAACAGCAAUUCGCCGAUACCUACUUUCUCCGUCUCGUCACCAUCAAGCCAGCAGUCGAGAAAAUCGCAGCGGAAACAUGGAGCGGCACAGUGAUUGGCGGAGAAACCGCCAAGAAGGUUGAUCGAGUGUUGGACAUUCGUCAGGGCGAGCUAUGCUGGGUUUCCGGUACUGUCUACAUGGACAUGCCACUCAAGCCGAAUAUCCUAGAGGACGUGUCAAAAGAUCGCUGGAUCUCUGCGCCCAUCACGACGGACAGGUACUACUCUGAAGAUGGCCAGGACCAAGUCCUACUGGAGGACGACUCGGGUCGAGUCAGGCUGGUAGGGAAUGUCUUGAAGAGCGUUCACUUGGUCACGGGCUGCAUCAUCGCCGUCAUGGGCACCGAGAAUAUCAACGGCGAGAUUGAGGUCAUCGAUAUCAAGUUUCCUGACCUGGCUCCGCAACCCCAACGAUGGACGCUCACGAAACCACCGACAAUAUCCGGGGGCGGCGGACACGCCAAGGGGAAGACCCAGGCGUGGGACGAAGACGAAGAAAUGAUGGACAGCCCAUCUCCUCUGAAGGGGAACAAAGGGAACAAAAUCGCCAUCGUAUCCGGCCUCUGCUUCUCCGGGACCGACCCAUCAUACGCUCUUGAGCUGGAUCUCUUACACGAGUACCUCCUCGGCGAGGCCCUCGACCAAAAUACACAACGAGAAGAGCUCGCCAAGAUCUCUCGUCUCAUCAUUGCGGGCAACUCCAUCUCCACCACCUCCGCAACCGACAAUAGGACACAAGUAGGCGGCCAGUCGAACGGCCAGCAGAAGCCUCCCGCGCCGAGCACGAAGAAGUACGGCUACGACUCGUCGUCCUACAACCCCCUCCCCAGCCAGCUCCUGGACGAGUUCCUGUCCGAACUCCUCCCUUGCAUGCCUGUUACCCUCCUCCCGGGGGCCCAGGACCCGGCCAACGCGAGUUACCCGCAGCAGCCCAUCCAUGUCGCCAUGUUCCCGCGCUCGAGAUCGUGGUGCGCCCCUCCGUCCCUGGCAGGGCCCGGCUCCAAAGCUGAAGCGGGCUGGCUGGACAACUCGACGAACCCAUGGGAAGCCGAAGUGGACGGGUGGAGGUUCCUCGGAACCGGGGGCCAGAACGUCGACGACGUGUUCAAGUAUGUCGAGAGUGAGGACCGCCUGGGUAUGAUGGAGGCCAUGUGUCGGUGGAGAUGCAUUGCGCCGACAGCCCCCGACACACUUUGGAGCUAUCCUUUCCAGGAUAACGAUCCGUUUGUCAUGAAGACAACUCCUCACGUCUACUUUAUCGGCUGUCAACCUGAAUUCUCGACCAAGGUCAUUCACGGACCGGAAGGGCAGGUUGUACGGCUCGUAACUGUGCCCUCCUUCGCCGAAACAAAGGAGCUGGUCCUCAUCGACACCGAGACAUUGGAGGUCUCGAGGGUUAAGAUUGCCACUUCAUGACAAGGAGCGAUGGGCGAAGAUUGGUGUGAUCGAAGGGACAAAGAAGAAAGAGGAGAAAGAAAGGGCGAUAGUCAGCAACUGUAUUAUUUCGGAUUAAAGUGCGAGGUGUGUGAUAUACCCCCUUGGAGCUAGGAAGUUGGGAAUCCACCAUUCGCCAAGAACCCUGUGAGAAAGCAACGCUGCAAGUACACCGAUGCUGACGAUGCAAGACCCAAGAAACUAGGAUAACUGGAGACCCGAGAUGAAGAAGAAGAAGAGGAAGCCAAUUCCCCAAGUCUGCC